AAUCGAUCCAUCACUACGCGGCAGGGGCGACAAUGGCUGCCCCCGGUCCCUCUUCUGCGCCAGCUGAUCAGGCUCUGCCGGCAGGAUGGGCAGUGUACUACACCCACGAGGGGAUGCCCUAUUAUUAUAAUGCUGCAACAGGCCAGUCGACGCACCAGCCACCUGCUUCCUCACUUUCACAGCAAGGGACAACCUCAUCCACAGCAGCAGCCGCAACCAAGCCAAAGAAGGAGAAGCCAAAGAGCAAGGAGCCAAUACCCGGUGCAGAAGGAUGGCUCAAGGUGACGACGAAUCUCGGCAACGUCUUCUACACGCAUACGGCAACCAAGCGUAGCGAGUGGAUUGUGCCCGACGAGAUUCGCGAGGCUGUCGAGGCAAUGGAGGCGGGCGUGGCCGCAGGAACAGCAGAGGCAGCGACAUUUCCGCAACGAGGCAAUGGCAGUGCGACUUCGGUAGACGGAAAGCGCAAGAGAGAGGACAGGACGACGAAUAGUCAGCCACAUGCUGAGGGCAAGGCUCGCGAGUCGGAGGAGUCUGGCAUCGAUGCUGCAGAGCUCCUAGCGCAGCCGCCCCAGGACGAGGAGCCUCAGGCGAAGCGGUCAAGAGGUAGCGAUGCGCAGGAUGACAAUGGAGCGCACGGUGAUGACGACGACGACGACGACGCAGAGUGGCAGCAGCAGCUAGCCGCUCAAAUGGCAGCAGAGGCAGCAGCCGAGGAUCAAGAGGCCGAGGAGCCCUCACGUGCAGUACACCAACCACCUCAAGCACCUAUUCCAGCAUUCAGCCCUCCGCCACCACCGCCAGGAGGCUACAGCGGCCCUCCACCCGGCUUCCACUCCUCUCCUCAACCACCGCCGUCCGGACCAGCAGCGCAGCGCAAAUCCUCCUCUACUCCCUCCCAGCCUCCUGUCCCUGAAGUACCGCAGCUCUCGUUGGAGGAAGGACGUGCGCUCUUCAUGCGUAUGCUGACCUCGCUCAAUGGCACGCGAGAGGAGGUCAAUCCAAUGGCGCCUUGGGACAAGGAGCUGCCCAAGUUCGUGCACAGAAGCGAGUAUACAGGCUUGGGGCUGCUCAAGGACAGGCAGGACGCAUUUAAUGAUUGGUGCAGGGAGAGGUUAAGGGAGAGGAGAGAAGCGAAGAAGCUGGCGGCCGCGAAUGGAAGCGCGAGUGGUGGGAUUGCGGCUCAGCCAAAGGAGCAACCCUCAGCGGCGGCUUCAUCCUCAUUGGCGCAGGACCCGCGCCAGAUCUACGAGACUCUCCUUCGCAGCACGGUCACGUCCACUCGUACACGUUUUGACGACUUCCGCCGAGACCACAAGAAGGAUCGUCGCUUCUACUCCUUUGGGCGGGAUGACCGCGAGCGAGAGAAAGUAUUCAAGGCCUGGCUUGUCACACUCGGAGAGGAGAAGCGGGCUGCUGCGCAGAAGGCUGAGAAGGAGUUUGAGGGGUUGCUGGAGGAGGUCUUGGGUCAAGAGGAGCAGAGAUCUGCGUGGGCAGGCAAGGACGAGGCGGAAUUGAAGGACAAGGUGUGGCGAGACGUGAAGAAGAUCGGAGGCAUGGAGAAGCGCGGCGAGUACGAGGCUGUGGGUAGCUCGUCUCGCAGAGCCGACUUGUUUGCAAAAUGGGCAAAGCAGCCUCCCACAGCCGCAAAGCCGUCAAACGGUACCUCGCAAGCUGCCAGCGAGUCGCAGUCUCAGGCGGGCCCAUCCUCCUCCACCACCCCUACCCUCACAAAGGAGCAACGCCAAGCGCAAGCUCUCGCGGCACGUCAAGCGGCGGUACAACAGCAGUCCUCUUCCCUCUCGCGUCAGAAUGCCCGUGCCCUGCACCAGGCUCAGAGGCAGGAUGCCUCGCUCAUCUUCAGUCAGCUGCUCAUCGAUCUAGUGCGCGACCCAAUUGCGACGUGGGAGGAUGUGAGUCGGGAUGAAACCAUUACAAAGGACUCAAGAUGGUCCGGCGGGGGAUCGGCUGAGCUUCCAUGGGGUGCAAAGAGGGAGAUGUUCGAGCAGCAUAGAGAGGGGCUGAUUGCCAAGAAGCGGGCGCAACUCGAGGGCAUCUUCGAGCGUUUCGCGCGCGGAGCUGCCGAGAAAAGACGCGGAGACGAUACCGACGACAGUGACGAUGACGAGGACGACGACCGCGCAACGAAGAAGGUUGCUGCAAGCGCAACUCCGCGACAAGCCCCGCUGAACGUCGACGGGUCCGUCCUCCUCCCUCUCAUCGAGACAGACGACGACUAUGAGCGUCUUGCAAUGCGCCUCUUCCUCGAGCGCGCGCUGCGCCGAAGCCUUCGCGAGGAGUGGGACCGAUGGCAUCGCUUGAGAGAGGAGAAAGCCAAGCGAGAGUUCUUCGAGAUGCUCAAGGAGAACUCAUUCGUAGACUUUUGGGGUCGUCUGCGCUCUGAAGCUGCAGAGAAGGCCAAACUCAAGGCCGCAGGCAACGACGAUUCGGAGGCUGCGGCGCGUCGUGCCUUGGAUCAGAAUGCGGAGGUGGGCGACGUGGAUCCUGAGUCGGACGAGGCGCAACUUCCUGAUCUGGUGGACGUGGCUGCCAACACUGGGGUUUUGGGCGAGGUGCACGCUGUGCUGCGGACUGAUGCGCGCUAUAGGAUUUGGGGGCACAAGCCUGAAUUGAGGGAGGAGUGGGUGCGGGAGUAUCUCGAGGGGCUGAGUGGGAGGAAGAGGACUGCUUGGGCAUGAAGGAGGGCGAGCGCAGCGUAUCUGUGCUCGGAGAGGCAGGAAAGGAGCAUGCGAGGAUGCGCGGUGGUCUGGUGAUGUAUUGAGGAGAAAUACUAAUCCCAUCACGCGAUG